AUGACCUUGCUAGACACGCAAAGCAAUCCCUCUGGUGCAGAUCAACCUCCCCUUCCCCAUUCAUCGUCUUCUGCUUCGGGCCAGAAUAAGCGAGCCGUCCCUCGCAGGCGACAUGCGACAGGCAAUUCCGGUCCGCGGCGCACUACUCGAGCCUGUGUACCAUGUCGAGAGCGAAAGAGCAAAUGCGACGGGGCCAGGCCAAAAUGCAAGCCGUGCACGCAAAGCAACACCGUCUGUUCCUACGUUCGGUCCAAACGCGAGAACCAGCAGUGGCAGCUGCAGUCGAUGCGCCAGAGGAUUGACACAUAUGAGGACCUACUCCGCGAGAUCCUCUCUCACAGCAACGCCCAAGAUCGCCGGUCUAUCGAAGAUGUCGUUGAGAGACGGUUUCCAGAGGCCCCGAAUGCCUUCGCCACGCUGCUCACGACGGGCUCCCUUCCCGACCAGCACGUCUCGCUGCCCUACCCCGGACUCUCGCUCCGUCGGAUGCAAAUGGCAUUAGCAUCCCAGCGAGACGCCACGAAAGUCCACCUGCUUCGCAAAGAUCCCACGGUGCGCGUGAGUCAAAUUCAUACGUGGACCUCGCUGGUCGACAACGAAGUGGCGAGCCACCUCUUCUCCCUGUAUUUCACCUGGGAGAAUCCGACCUGGCAUCUGAUCGACCAGGACAUGUUCGUCCAUGACCUCGAACGCGGUCUUACGCGCUUUUGUUCUGCCCUGUUGGUCCAUUUACUUCUCUUUUUUGGCUGUGUACUACGGGACAUCCUAUCCGCCGACGGAACCCUUGGCGGCUAA